CUCUCUAGUUUAUUUCUCAAUUUUGCUACAUCUACGCACCCCCAUGCUGUUUUCCACGUACGGUAUGCCGCCGUAGCACUAGACGGUUCCGUUGUCUCGUAAGACAAGCAUAUUGUUGUGACAUGCAGGGACUGUUUGGGAACUUCAUUGUGCAAUGUGUAUGAUGUUUAUUUGGUACAUAAGUAGUGAUGCCCCUUUUCGGAAGGUGAGGCUUGCCAAGGCUUUAUUUACCAUAACCGCUCUAAGAGACUCGACAGUGUGUUUCCUUUGAUCGAAUAUCGCAUCUUUGGCGGGGCAACGAAGCGGUUGCAUCUAAGUACGCAGUCCCCAUCGCGAUGGUGGCGACAAUCCACGUCGUGCGUCACGCGCAGGGCCUCCAUAAUGUGCCUUCGUUCGGAUGGAACACCCCCGACCCGCAUCUUACCACAGAGGGCCUCAACCAAUGUGCGGAGCUACAGAGGUCGUUUCCUUACAUGGACAAGGUGGUGUGCGUCCUAGCGUCGCCGUCAAAGCGGGCAAUCCAGACGGCGCUACUCGCCUUCGGACAGGCCCUCGCGGCCAACCCCUCGCACGCCGGGCGCCAGGUUGUGCUGGUGCCUGACCUGCGCGAGAUCGGCAAUUACCCGUGCAACGCCUGUUCGUCGGCCGAAGAGCUGGCCGAAGAGUUCUCAAACGCCAUCAACCGCGAGUACCUCAAAGACGACUGGAACGGCGGCGGACCCUCCAACCCCCAUUCGCUGUCCGAGGUGCUGGCGCGCGUCGAGCGGGCCCGGAGGAUGAUCCUGGACGUCGCGCAGCGCUGGAACCAUGCGGGCGACGCGCACAUCGUCGUCGUCAGCCACGGCAAUCUCAGCGCCCGCCUGACCGAGGACAUUAGCGGCACCGCGCCCGUGAAGGGCCCGGCCUGGUUCAACGCCGAGCUGCGCAGCUACCACCUCGCGAGGGGCAGCGGCCCUACCAACGCGCCCUACCUGGUCGAGACGGCCGAGAGCAAGGCCCGAACUCAAGGGAGGCACGUGGCUAUCCACCCCAGGCCACCGCAGCCGGGCAGGCGAGCAGUCGAUGGGUUAAUGGCGCCGGCGCCACCGAGAGUAGGACUCGGGAGCGCCAACGCGCAGACCGCCGGCGGGACGAAGCAGCAGGGACCCGGCACGGGACGGAACGUCGAGGAGAUGCAGAGGAACCUGCGGAAUCUAGGGUUCGGCGCGAACGCGACACCGCCUGCGGCCAAGGUGCCGGCGCCGGCGGCGGGCAGCGAAAAACCGGGGUCUUUGAGCUCUCCAGACGCCCGUAGUGGCGGGUUGACAGAAUUCGACAAGGUACUGCAGGCCCCCAAGAUCCCGCUUAGCUCCCACCCAGUGCAGGAAGCUGCCCGGACACAGGGGACUGCGCAGACUUCGGCGGCCAUGCGGGCUUUGCUCGCUGCGCAGGCCUCGGGACUUGCGCCGGCUUCGGGAGCUACACAGGCAAACGCGGCCCCGCCCGCGCAGCAAGGAACCGACGAGGCGAAGCAGGGUGCUGGGAAGGCGGAGCCCGCGGCCGAGAACCCGGCGGACAAGAGGAGGAGGAGGAGGUUCUUCUUCUGGUAGGUGGCGACGGCCCUCCCCCACUUGGGACGGCGAGGCUCCGGGGGACGAGGUCGUUCGGAUGGACUAUACCCCCCGGGUAGAUCUCCGGCGGUUAGUUUUGAUUUACGCGAGUGUCCAUGAUACCCCCUCCCUAUACCAGGUUCAGACGGAAACGGGACAUCCAACAAGAUGACGCCGUCGACGGCAGGUUUGGGUGCGAUAGUAGAUAAAUUAAUAAUAAAUCUUACGUAUACGACCUAUGGCUUCUAGCUCAAAACUC